GUUUUAAUUUUCACCAGAGUGGCAGCACCAUCCAAUGAACAUUGAACAGUAUAUUUUUUUUAGCAAGAUAUUUAGCAAUGUCUGCCAGUUGAGUUCUUGUUUGACAAUUGUGAAUUGACAUUAUCAUUUAUCAAACUAUCAACAAAGCUCGGUUAUCAAAAUGUCCUAUUCAGUGUAAAUGAUAAAUAAAAAAAUAUUUGUUUUUUAUAUAUAAAAUGUUUAUGUUAUUGAUAAAUAAUUAGUGUUGAUAUUUAGUUAGUGAAAAAUGAAAAUUGAUUGAUCAAAGCCGCGUGAUCAAAUGUGAUACCUGUUGCCUCUAUUUUUAUAUCUAGUCAAGAUAAAAAUAUAAAAAUAAAAAAAUUUAAUGAAUUUUUUGAUUAAUGAUGGAAGUGAAUAUAACAUUAGACAAUUUAGAUGAUAAAAAAUUAACAAAUGGUCGAUAUGAAUUGAUGGAAAAUAUGAUAUGCAUGGAACAACAAAGUGGACAAGUGCCAGCUGAUGUUCAAAAUGACAAUGACAAUGAUGAUGAUGAUGAUGAAGAUAAAAUUAUAAAACAAACUGAUUUUGUUCUUGUUUAUUUGGACAAUGGAAAUAUUCAUAAUAUGCAAAAACGUGAAGAGUUUGAAGCUGAAUUGCGUGAUCAAGGUUUAGAACUAGAAUACGAACAAAAUCGACAAUUAUGUUUUGUUAAAAUAAAUGCACCUCAGGAAGUUUUAUGUAGAUAUUGUGAAAUAAUGAAAUUAAAAAUGCCAAUUAAACCUUUGUCAAAUCAAGAGCUAGAUGACAGUGGUAGUGAUUUAUUUGAUGAUGCAAAAUCAUGGUUUAUAAAUUUAUUUAAAUUUGUACAAUUAGAUAAAGAUAAAUUUCCAAAAUUAGAAACAAAAUUAUCAUCUGAAUUUUCACGAGAUAAAGAUUAUUUAUUUGAUGUUCAUAAUGAAAAUUUUUUUCCAACAAAUGUACGUGUUAUGAUUGUUGAUUUUAUACUUGAACGUCAAUGCGCUGGAAUACAACGUCUCAUUGCAAAUGGUGUUUACAUAGCAGCAUAUCCUCUUCACGAUGGAGCAUUUCAACAACCAGGAAGUACCAGAAAACUUCUUUAUGAUGAAUGGGGUUCAACAAAUAAAUGGCUAAAACUUCAGCCACUUGAUACAAUUCAAGAAUAUUUUGGUGUUAAUUUUGCAAUUUAUUUUGCUUGGCUUGGUUUUUAUACGUACAUGUUAAUACCAGCAAGUAUUGCUGGUCUUUUUUGUUUUAUUUACGGCUGGAUAACACUUGGUUCAAAUCAACUUGCUAAAGAUGCUUGCUCUGAUGAAUUUGCUGGACAAAUAAUAAUGUGUCCACAGUGUGAUAAAAAUUGUAAUUAUUGGCGAUUAAUUGAAACUUGUCUUUUAACAAAAGUAACAUUAUUAUUUGAUAAUCCAGCAACAACAUUAUUUGCUAUAUUCAUGAGUUUUUGGUCAGUACUUUAUCUUGAAUUAUGGAGAAGAAAAUCAGAAGAGUUAAGUCAUCGAUGGGGUUUAGUUGGAUGGGAUCAAGGUGCUGAACAUCCAAGACCACAAUAUAUUACAAUGCUUAAUAAAAUUAAAAUAUUUAAAAUAAAAGAAAAAUUAAAUCCAGUAACUAGAGAAAAAGAGCCACAUGUUAGUUUUUGGAAAGUUCGUGUACCAGCAACAAUGAUUAGUUUUUCAGUUGUAUUUUUACUUAUAAUUGUUGCUAUUGCUGCUGUUUUUGCUGUUAUAUUAUACAGAAUGUCAAUGAUAACAUCAAACACAAUAUUUGGUGCUAAUAUUGAUAGUGUAGCAUAUAAAACAUUUGUACUACCAAUUGCUGCUGCUGGAAUUAAUCUUGCUUGUAUUUUAUUGUUAAAUUAUUUUUAUGAUUGGUUGGCAAUACAUUUAACAGAAAUGGAAAUGCUCAGAACUCAGACUGAGUAUGAUGAUAGUUUAACAUUGAAAAUUUAUAUUUUUCAAUUUGUUAAUUAUUAUGCAUCAAUUUUUUAUGUUGCAUUUUUAAAAGGAAAAUUUGUUGGGUAUCCUAGAAAGUACAAUAGAAUUUGGGGCUACAGACAAGAAGAAUGUGCACCGGGUGGUUGCUUGAUGGAGCUGGGUAUACAAUUGGCCAUAAUAAUGGUAGGAAAACAGGCACUUUACACAGCCAUGGAGAUGAUUUGGCCUCUGGUGUUUAGAUGGUGGGCAUUUUUUCGUGCUCAAACUGGUCUGGCACCAAAAGAUCCAAUAGUUUUACGUGGCCAGUGGAUAAGAGACUUUAAACUUCUUGACUGGAGUCCCAGGGGACUGUACGAUGAGUACCUAGAAGCUGUAAUACAAUUUGGUUUUAUUACUCUUUUUGUCGUGGCUUUUCCUUUGGCACCAUUGUUUGCUCUGGCAAAUAAUGUACUUGAAAUGCGUCUAGAUGCUACAAAAUUUCUUCGACAUUAUCGACGACCAGUUCCACGAAGAGCCAGAGACAUUGGUAUUUGGAAACAGAUACUUGAUACAUUAGCUAGAAUAUCAGUUACAUCAAAUGCAUUUAUAAUAGCAUUUUCAUCAAAUCUCGUGCCUCGUUUUAUUUACAUGACAUAUGUCAGUCAUAAUAAUAGUGAUAUUGGAUUUUUAAAUCAUAGUCUUGCAUAUUUUGAUACAAAAGAUUUUCAAAUAGAAGCUGCACCAAUUUUUAGUUCAAGUAAUAUAACAACUUGUCGUUAUUUGGAAUAUAGAAAUCCAUCAAAUCAUGAAUUACCAUAUAAAAGACCAACAAUUUAUUGGCAUAUACUUGCUGCUAGAUUAAUAUUUGUUGUUGUAUUUCAAAGUAUUGUUGGUUUAUUUUCAAUGAUUGUACAAUGGUGUUUAUCUGGUAUACCAAGAAAAUUAAGUGAUCGUAUUAAACGUGAAGCAUAUCUUACUGAGGAAAUUAUUAUUAAACGUGAAGCUGAACGUGCCAGAGAAAAAGCACGUUAUCUCAGUCGUUUUUCAAGUACUGUUAGUAAUCGUAUUCGUAAACGAUCACCAAUUAUUUCAGAAACAAAUACGACUUGAUGAAAUAUUUCAUAAAUUUUUAAUCCAGUGCCUUAAAAAAAAAACUACUCAGUUAUUAUAUUUAUAAAUUUAUUUUUAAUAUUUAAAAAAAAUUUUAAUCGUCGUUCUUCCAAUGAAAUACUUCCAGUGAUUUUUUAAAAAAAAUAUUUGUAAAAAAUUAAUUUAUUAUUGUUUUAAACUAUGAUUAUUGAUUUUUUUUUUUUUUUACGUUAUUUUAAAUGAAGUUUUAUCAGCUUGAAAUAUUAUAAAAAUAAAAUAAUUUAAAAUUUA